AAACCCUCGACUGAACAACUCCAACCAACCCGGAACUUUUAAAUCAACUAAUCAUUCCUGAAAACGUAUUGCAUGGAGUUCCCUCCUGGUUUUCCGAGCAGUUCAAAUGUUACUCUAACAAAAGUCACUUGUACUGACUGAGGUAGUUCCUUCUGAGGGGAAAAAAGACAGUUUCAAAUGCUUCUCGCUUGGACUGCCGCGGCUGCUGUGGGACAGUAACCCUGGACUUGUCUUUUUCAAACCAGCUAGAGAGUGGUGGAGUCAAGAGCUGCCAACAUGCCUCAACAGAAGGACAUAGUGAAGAUAGCCAUCCAGAUGCCCGGGGCCUACCCCCAGCUCAUACAACUGGACCAGAAAAAGCCUCUGUCUGCUGUAAUAAAGGAAGUGUGUGAUGGCUGGAAUCUCUCAGGUCCCGACAACUAUGCUCUGCAGUAUGCUGAUGGAGUGCAGACGUACAUCACUGAAUCUAAUCGUCUGGACAUUAAAAACGGCUGCAUUCUGCGUCUGACCAAGGCACCGGGCCGCUGUGCAGAAGACUUGUACAAGGGCAUCCAGAGCUCAGACUCGGGCGUGCGAUGCGAUUCGCUGAAGGAGCUGGCGAGCGUUUCCACAGACGUGACCUUUGCUCAGGAGUUCAUCAGCCGAGACGGACACCUCUUAUUGGUCAAGAUAGUAGAGGACUCUAAUGAGAGUAAUGUGAUCAUGACCCACACGCUGACAGGCUUCAUGGAACUGAUGGAUCAUGGGAUAGUUUCAUGGGAGAACCUCUCGUGUGUCUUCAUCAAGAAGAUUGCCAGCUUUGUCAACGCCAAGCCGACCGAUGUAUCAAUGCAGCAGGUGUCCUUGGACAUCCUGGAGAGCAUGGUGCUGAGCAGCCACAGCCUCUUCCUGCAGGUCAAACAGGAAGUCACUAUGGAGAGGCUCAUCGCUCACCUCCAGGUGACGAACCAGCAGAUACAGACCAAAGCCAUGGCCCUACUUAUGGCACUACUACAAACUGCCGGGGACUCAGACAGACAGGAUAUGUUUGCGUUCCUGAAUAAGAAGAAUCUCCGUCAGUACAUCUAUAAAAACAUUAUCCAUAGUUCUGGUUCAGUCCAGGACGAGAUGGCCCACUACCUCUAUGUCCUACAGUCGGUUACCUUGAACCACCUGGAGCCUCGGAUGAGGACGCCUCUGGACUCCUACAGCCAGGAGCAGAGAGACAUCCUUCAUGGUUUGCGACAGGCAGCGUUUGAGACAGAAAGCGAGAACAGCCUGAGCCACGAGAGACGACGCUCGCUCUGCGCCAAAGAGUUCAAGAAGUUAGGCUUCUCUAACAAUAGUAACCCUGGUCAGGACUUGGUGCGAACGCCUCCUGGUCUUCUAGCUUUGGACACCAUGUCCUAUUUUGCCGCACGCUAUCCUGAUGCCUACAGCAGGUUUGUCCUGGAGAACAGCAGCAGGGAAGACAAACAUGAGUGUCCGUUUGCCAGGAGCAGCAUCCAGCUCACACUCAUCCUGUGUGAAAUCCUUCGUAUCGGAGAGUCCCCCUCAGAGACCAGAUCUGACUACCACCCCAUCUUCUUCAGUCAGGAUCGGCUGAUGGAGGAGCUUUUCUGUGUCUGCAUCCAGCUGCUCAACAAGACCUGGAAGGAGAUGAGAGCCACUCAGGAGGACUUCGACAAGGUGAUGCAGGUUGUGAGGGAGCAGAUCACCAGGACGUUGUCCAGUAAGCCGACCUCCCUGGAGCUUUUCAAGAACAAAGUCAAUGCCCUCAACUACAGCGAGAUCCUCAAACUGCGGCAGACAGAACGGCUGCACCAGGAAGAGACUCUUGCUCCGCCCGUACUUGAGCUCAAAGAGCGCCUGAAGCCAGAGCUGCUUGAGUUGAUCCGUCAGCAGAGACUCAACAGGCUGUGUCAGGGAACAAUGUUCAGGAAGAUUAGCAGCCGACGCAGACAGGAUAAACUGUGGUACUGCCGCUUGUCGCCCAAUCACAAAAUGCUUCACUACGGGGAUGUGGAGGAGGACGCGGACAAUCCACCAAUUGAAACACUGCAAGAGAAGAUUCCAGUAGCAGAUAUCAAAGGCUUGCUGACGGGAAAAGACUGUCCUCACAUGAAGGAGAACAAAGGCAAACAGAACAAGGAGGUGCUGGACCUGGCAUUUAGCAUCACCUAUGAUGUAGAAGAGGACAGCCUUAACUUCAUAGCACCCUCCAGAACUGAUUUCUGCCUGUGGACAGAUGGACUGAGCGUUCUGCUGGGCCGGGAGAUGAGUAGUGAAUCCAUGCGCAGCGAGCUGGAGAUCCUGCUCUCUAUGGAGAUUAAGCUCCGCCUUCUGGACCUCGAGAACGUUCCCAUCCCCGACCGUGCGCCCGCCGUCCCCAAGCCGCCGAGCAACUACAACUUCUGCUACGACUUCAGCCAGACUGAGCAGUAGAGUAGGCCGUGUGAAUGUGUAAAUAUAUAUGUGUGUGUGUGUGUGUGUCUGAAAUAAGAGGUGUGUGUGUGUGUGUGUGUGUGUGUGUGACAUGUACACAAAUUUAUAACAUUAGAUUAGUGGCCUGGUCUUCUGCAUAGUGCACGUGGGUGUGAACUGCUAAUGCUGCAGAUUAUCUGAGAGAGAAACAUCUUCAGUUCAACGCAUUAACAAAAAAUAUGAAAUACAACCACUCAAGUAAUGGUACUUGUUGUUUUGUAAUCAUUUUAUAUUUCUAAAUAUAUCUAAAACUAUGUAUGAUACAUGGAAUAUGUGUGUGUGCGAGGCUGUAUAUUCUUUGAUCUUUGUCUCAGAAUGCUGGUUGUGCUCAUUUGUUAAAUUCUUUUUUUUUUAAUGGGCAUUAAUAAUAACGCAAUGCUUUCUCGAGAUGUGGUACAUGUUAGACUCAUAUCCAGCAUAUGAAGACAAACAGUAUGUUUCAGUGUUGGACAAUAUUUUGCUUAAAUCAGAAAUAUACAUGACAUAGGUACUGGCCUUGGUACAGAUCCCAGCGGCUCUAUACUGUGCAGCAGAGAUGCUCUGUACGACUUUUAUUAGGUACCAAGCUGACUUGUUUUUUUACAGUUGUACAUUUGGCAUAAUCAACAGUUUUCUAUCUAACUAGCACAAAUGCAAUCAGUGAUCAUCAUUUUAUUUUCUCGACUGUCUUGGAUAAGAUCUUGAAUUGAUUUUAAAAUGAAUUGAUUUCAUACAAUGUAGUGAUUAUAAUAUGAUGGGGGUGACGUGCUCAGUCCCAAUGUGCUACACUCUCACUCACCAAGCACUCAGUCGCUGCUCAAUAACUGACACAGAUCUGCAGAAUAACGUCAGUCACGACUGUCCUCUGCACUGCAUUCCUGACACUUUGUGAUAAAUAUCCACUUUGAAUCAAUUCACACGAAUAAACAGUUUGAUUUAUAAUGAGAAAGAAACAAGUGUGUGUGUGUGUGUGUGUUUUACAGAGUAGCCAAGGUUUGACUUCUCUGCGGUUUAUUUAUUUUUUAAAAGUCAGCAUCUUAUAUCCUUGAUUUUUCACCUUUACAGUCUAUAAUUCUCCCUCUGGCAUCGUGCAGCAUACAAUGUAACAGCAGUACAACAUUAUUCUACAAUGCACAUACAGUAUCAAGGGAUGGAUUAUAGUUAGUUCAACACCACAGUUUGUACUAUUAUGGGAAGCUUGUCGUAUGUCCACAAAUUUGAAUUGAAAAAAAUGUUGUGACGUGAUGUCUGCAAUUUGUGGGAUAUUACUACCUUUCAAUAAAUUCCUUAUCAUUUGAGACUCAA